AUGAUUGAACUCUAUUUGUUUUUCUUUGUCACCUUCUCUACUUCUUCUACUACUACUACUACUUUUAUUAAUAUUAUUCUCCUCCUCCUCUGCCUUUUCUUUUUUGUCUUCCUGUUUUUCUCUACUCUUCUUGUAGUAUUUCUCCUCCACCUGCUUCUACCUCCCAUUUCUCCUUAUGUACUUCCUCCUCUUCUAUCGCAUCCUCUUCCUUCACUUCUUCUGUUCUUCCUUCUUCUCCGACUACUACUCCUUAUCUUUCCCUCCUCGUUUUCUUCUUCUCCUCUUCUUCUCUUCCCCGUCUUACUUCUUCAUCCUCUUUUUAUUCUAGUACUUUCUUUUUCUCCUUUUUUCCGCUCUUUUUUUCUGUUUCUCUUCAAAUAUUUAUUAUUUUUGUCUCUUCCUUUUCCUUCACUUUUUCUCCCCGUUUUCUUCCGUCACUUCCUUCUUCCUCUUCUCCUCACUUGUCUUUCACUCUCUUUUCACUAUUCACAUUUCUUCUUCUUCUUCUUCGGCCAAUCUGCGUGUUGGUCUCCCCUUCUUCUUCUUCCUCCUCCUCCUCCCCCUUCUUCUUCUUCUUCACCCCCCCUCCUCCUCCUCCUUCCACUUCUUCUUCUUCUUCACCCCCUUCUUUUCUUCCUCCUCCUUCCUUCUUCUUUCUUUCUUCUUCUUUUUCUUCUAUGUACCGUGUCCAUUCAGGACAUUAAACGACGAGUAACAAACUGGAAAGCCCUUCUUCUUCUUCUCCUCCUCCUCCUCCUUCCACUUCUUCUUCUUCUUCCCCCCUCCUCCUCCUCCUUCUUCUUCUUCUUCUAUUCAUUUAAAGGUUUUGUUUUGUUCUCUCUCUCUCUCUCUCUCUCUCUAUCUAUCUAUCUCUCUCUCUCCUAG